CGCCAGACCCAGAAUAAGACUGAGCCAAGCCGAAACACAGUUCAAUUCUGAAAAUUCUUCGCUUUGGAUCUCUAACCUUCUCCAAUAAAUUAAUAACACUCAUUUCUCGAAACUCAGCUCAUCGAAGAUUUGAAGUGAUGGGAGCUUGUACAUCAACAUUGUUAAAGAAGAAGAAGAAGAAGAACGUGAAGGGAAAGAAAACCACAAAGCGCAAUGUUUCUUCUCGUAAAAUUGAGAAGAAAUUAACUUUUCAAGGAAGUAUAGAUUCAGCUUGGUUUGAUUCUCGUUCAGCUUUGGAGUCUGAGUUGGAUGAAGAAUUUCACAGUGUUCAUGAUGCAGAGUUUGCGUCUGUCAAUGGGGGCGGCAUUUUGUCUCCAAAAAGAUUGUCAAGUUCAGGGACACCGAAAUCAAAGAGGAAAGGACUUGCAAAACUUUCGUCACUUUCAAAACUUUCCUUUAAAUUGAGGGACGGACAUGGCAAUCCACCAUUAGUUUCACCUAAGGCCCUUACACAAAGACCACUCGCCGGUUCCUCGACUACAUUUUGCCCCAUAGACAAAAAUAUGCCUGAUUCUUGGUCACCUAUUGCACCUAGUAGUUUUAAAGUCCGGGCACAGAACUUCUUUAGAGAUAAGAAGAAAGAUUUUGCUCCCAAUUAUGCUGCAUUUUGCCCCUUUGGUGUUGAUGUCUUCUUAUCCCCACGGAAAAUUGAUCACAUAGCUCGUUUUGUAGAACUUCCUGUUAUGAAUUCACAUGAAGAUAUCCCUUCAAUUCUUGUUGUCAAUGUCCAGAUGCCGUUAUAUCCCGCCACUGUCUUUCAAAGUGAAAAUGAUGGGGAAGGAAUGAAUUUGGUGUUGUACUUCAAGUUAUCUGAAAGUUACUCAAAGGAGCUGCCACUACAUUUCCAAGAAAAUUUCAUUAGGAUAAUCAACGAUGAAGUGGAGAGGGUCAAAAGUUUCCCUAUAGAUACGAUUUCCCCUUUUAGGGAAAGGUUGAAACUCUUGGGCCGAAUUGCAAACAUUGAAGAUCUUCAUUUGAGUGCAACUGAGAAGAAGCUUCUGAAUGCAUAUAAUGAAAAGCCUGUUUUAUCGCGUCCUCAACAUGAAUUUUACUUGGGAGGAAACUACUUUGAGAUUGAUAUUGACAUGCACAGAUUUAGCUACAUUGCUCGGAAAGGUUUCGAAGCAUUUCAGGACAGAUUUAAGCUCUGUACUGUGGAUUUCAGCCUAACAAUUCAGGAAAAUAAAGCGGAAAAUUUGCCAGAAAAUAUCUUAUGUUGCGUAAGAUUAAAUAAAAUCGACCACACUAAUCAACAGUAUCACCGACUUGGCCCGUAGGCAACGUUGCAAUGAGGCACUCAAAUCCUAAGAAUGACAGUACGGUACAAGUUUCCUGGUGAAUGAACUGAUUUAGAGCUACAGCCAUUAUUAUUCAUUUCUAUUUCUCCCAACCCCCCUUCCCCCAACUGUAAUCUCUUGCUAUUCUGUAACCUCUAGCUUGGUUUCCUGGUUCUUCUUUAUAGAAUUAUAUGAGUGUACAGACUGACGAAGAAAAAAAUAAGUAUAAACACACGAAUUUUAUGUGA